UGUACCCAGCCCGUUCGAGGAUUACUAGGAUGAAUCUGUGUAUCCAGAAGUCACUCUGGGAUGAACCGCCGAAGAUCACUGCUUCAUUUUUGCUGCAUCAGGCUUACCAGUGGAUCGGUUUCUCCAAAAGCCGAGAUCGCAGCCCCCAAGUCAGGCGCCCCCAGUGCCGUAGUGACUGCAUUGAGUUUCCCCUGUCUCGGUUGUUCCGGAGGCUGGGCCGCGUGGUGGCCAGGUACCCCUGGGUCUUCCUGCUGCUGCCGGUGCUGCUGUCUGCCGGCCUGGGAAGCGGCUUUAUGUUCCUGAACAAACGCCGAACGGACAACAUCGAGGAGCAGUUCACGCCCAUUGGGGGCCCGGCGAAGGGAGAGAGGAGCCUGGCCCAGGAGUAUUUCCCCACCGACGACUCCAAGCGCUUUUCUGUAUCGAGACUCACCACGGAGGGCUCGUUCGCGUCGCUCCUGGUGGUCACCGACUCAGAGUCGUUGCUGACACAUAGUGCUUGGUCGCAAGUCCAGGAUCUGGACGACAAAGUGAAGAAUCUAAACGUGAAGGAUGCACAAGGUGUCUCUUUCAACUACCAGAGCCUGUGUGCCGAGACGCCCUCAGGGUGCAUCCUCCCCAACCCGCUUUUGGCAUUUUCUAAUAUCUCCGGGAAUCUCACUUUCCCCUUCCUGGAGAUUAACAAUCAACAGUUUUUUCUGGGCAACUUAGUCGGGGGUGUAAAACUCGGCGCUGGCUCCAAAGAUUCCUCGAACAGGACGCUGGAGAAGGCUAAGGCUCUGAAGCUGGUGUACUACUUGCGCGAAGACGCAGCAUCAGACCGCGAAAGGAGCCACCAGUGGCUGAGUGCUUUCCUCCAGGAAUUCCCACCCGAGCUGCAGAAAGCUGAGCUGCAGGACUUGAAGGUGUAUUACUUUACAUCGCUCUCCAGACAGGAGGAAUUUGAAGGAAAUGUGAAUGAAGUAAUUCCAUUAUUUUCUGUCUCCUACUUUCUCAUCAUAUUCUUUUCAAUUAUCUCAUGUUACAGGUUGAACCUCAUAAUCAGCAAAAUGUGGGUGGCAGCAUUUGGUGUCAUCUCAGCUGGUUUAGCAGUAUUGAGUGGCUUCGGUCUGCUGCUAUAUUGUGGAGUGCCUUUUGUUGCUACAGUUUCCAAUGCACCAUUUCUUAUUCUAGGAGUAGGUGUUGACGACAUGUUUAUCAUGAUUUCUGCCUGGCAGAAGACCAAACUCAUACAUAGCAUUGAAGAGAGGAUAGCUGAGACUUAUGCAGAGGCAGCUGUGUCCAUUACAAUCACUACAUUGACAGAUGUCCUUGCUUUCUAUGUUGGAAUCAUGACCUCUUUCAAAUCCGUGCAAGCCUUUUGUAUCUAUACAGGAACAACCUUGCUUUUUUGUUUUUUAUAUAAUAUUACUUGUUUUGGAGCAUGUCUUGCCCUCAAUGGUAAAAUUGAAGUCUAUCUGAACCGUUUCGCCUUUCAACAACAACAGAACAACUCUUCAGUGGUAAAGAAGAUACUCUGCAGAAAAGGCCUUUAUGUAUCUCCAAAUGGUGAAGAAGAAAGCCAUUCAAUGAAUACAUUCUUUAGAAAGUAUUAUGGCCCCUUCCUCACCAACAUCUGGUCCAAAGUGUUUGUGGUGCUGCUCUAUGCUGGGUACCUGGCUGCUAGUAUCUAUGGGUGUUUCCAAAUCAAGGAAGGUAUAGACCUUCGAAACCUGGCCAAUGAUAACUCCUAUGUUGUUCCUUAUUAUUCUAUGGAAAAGGAAUAUUUUUCAGAAUUUGGUCCUAGGAUCAUGGUUUUUGUCACUAAAUCUGUGUCAUAUUGGGAUGAACUCACUCGAAAUAAUUUUGACAAUUGUAUGAAAUCAUUAGAAAGUAAUCAUUAUAUCAAUGAAACUUAUUCAGAUUCUUGGCUAAGAACAUAUGAGAAAUAUUUGACAGCUAUACAGAAAAAUAUAAAUAAUAGGACUACUUUUUUAGAUAAUUUAGACCCUUUUUUAAAAAUCUUUUCAGAUUAUGAGUAUGAUAUUCAAGUUAAUAAUUCCAUAGGGCAAAUACUGUCUUCACGGUACUUCAUUCAAUCAGUAAAUGUCAGUACUGCAGUAGAUGAAAAGAUGAUGUUAAGCCAGUUAAGAAGUAUUGCUGCACAGUGUGAAAUUCCCGUUGUGGUGUAUCACCCAGCAUUUAUCUAUUUCGAUCAAUAUUCUGUGAUUGUGGAUAACACUAUUCAAAAUGUUGCUGUAGCAGCUGGUGCCAUGCUGGUAAUUUCCUUAUUGUUCAUUCCCAAUCCACUGUGUUCUUUGUGGGUGACCUUUGCCAUUGCAUCUGUAAUCGUGGGAGUGGCAGGUUUCAUGUCAUACUGGAAUGUCAAUCUUGAUUCCAUAUCCAUGAUCAACCUUAUCAUUUGUAUUGGGUUUUCAGUAGACUUUUCUGCUCAUAUUUCCUAUGCAUAUGUUUCUAGUGAUGCUAUGAGUACAAACGAAAAAGUCAUUGAGGCAUUGGAUCUUCUUGGCUACCCAGUGAUACAAGGUGCUUCUUCAACCAUAAUAGGAGUGGUUGCCUUAGCUGCAGCAAAUGCUUACAUCUUCAGGACCUUUUUCAAGAUUAUGUUUUUGGUUAUCAUGUUUGGGGCUGCUCAUGGCCUUAUCUUCAUUCCAGUGUUUUUAACUUUUUUUGGAAUUUGUAGCAGAGCCCAUAAAGAGACUCCAAAAAGAAAUCCUGACUGUCCUUAAUUACUAUGUUCUUGUAGAGGAGUUGCCAAAAUGCAUCUUUCUCUUAACCGGUAAUCCAUAUUUCCCAAGCGUGAUUCAGGUCAGGAUCAUUCUUAUGCGAAAAAUGUAAAUACCUUACUAUAAGAGGCAGGACAUGGCAGGGUUCAAUGACUUACUCUUACAGUAGUACCCCUAUCACCCCCCCCCCUUCUCAUUUCCAUUAGUGUACUUUUCCUUCCUUCCUCCUAUAACCAACCACACCCUCUGUGAUGGGUGUAGUAUCCCAAUUCCCAACUGCAUACAAAUUAUGCUCAUUUUUCUCUAAUGGGCUUUGAGGCUUGAUUGGUUCAGGCUACUAAUGGCUUGGGCUGUUGAUCACUCAAAAGGGCUAGGAAAGGAGAGCUCCAGCUUACUCUCACAUUUGACCUAUGGGUCUCCAUGAACAUCUGAAUGAAUUCAAGAUGUCUUUAGUUCCUGUAUCCUUGUUGAAUAUUCUUCUCUGCUACGGCUAAGUAAAUCACUUUUUGUUAACUGUUGAAUGACUUACCUAGCAGUGGAUUAUUUCCUUCCAAACUGGAACACAAAUUACCAGUGGUCUGUCUGGGUCAGGUCCCUCCCAUAAUAACACCUUUCCUUUCUUACACCAAGCAGUAAGUCUUCCUUUUUGCCACAAAGGUGAAAUAGUUAAUUCAUAUCCAGUUACCAAUCAUUUAUCUUGUUCUGUAGAAACAAGACUGACUACAUCCAUCCCAAAGUUGUCCUUUUCCUGUUGUUUGAAGCAUGGUUCCCAGGAUCCUCAUUUUUUCUACCUUUUCUCACCAACUGGAUACUCUUGUGACCAGGAAGAUGUUGUCUAUCCAUUAGUUUUAUGCACUUUCUCAGUAACUGCAUUUUAUGCCAGGAAGACAGACUGUUUGAAUGUCUGGGACCAAUGAAUGUUCUCUUCUUUCCCAUGUAAGAUUUUUUCUGUUCACUACUUCAUGUAAGUAAUUCUCUCAAGAGACUUAAUGAGCAUAGGCAGAUGUUGUCAUACUCUUAGGAAGCGGAUCAGGACUGCAACCCAUGAGAAGAAGACCUCUUUGUUCUGUUUUUCUGAGAGGAAACCAGACUUUGCUGUAAAAUCCCACAAGCCAGCACAAGAACCUGACAGCAGAGCAUGUCCAAAGUAUGGGCCUGGACACCUGGGGAUCAAAACUUCCUUAUGGACCUGUUAGAAGCAUGUGGCAUUGAUGUGAUGCUAGUCAUCAAUAAUCUCUGCUGUCCAUAGAGAGAGAGAGAGAGGGCUGGUGGAGAAAUGACUCCCUUAUGGAAUGAGAAGUACUCCUGGAGUUCACUCCGCUGCCUUCCAGAGGAAUUAAUUUUUAUUUAACAAGUUUAUAUGAAAGAAUAUUAUUUAUACUUUAAAAAAUCCUCUAAGAAGUGUUGAUCUUCUAAGAUCCUCUAAGAAGUGGUAUUUCUCAGCUUGUUCAACUAUAUUUUAAUCUAAAGAAUCUAGGAGCAAAUAUUACCUGAAGAAAGUAAUUUUAUUUCACAUUUCCUACUAUAUGCUGUAUACUGUGAGAGAAUAGAGGGGAUUAGGACAGCAAAUGGCUAAUUGUGAUAAUUGAGUGAGCCACACUGACUCAUCUUGUCUCAGUGCUGGAAUUAGCUUAGUUCCCUUUCUAUUAAAUUAUUGCAUUGUUUGAACCUAGUCUUGUAUGACUAGGAAACUGGAUCACCUGCAUCUGCUGUUUAGAGACCUUAACCAAGGCCCCAGGUUAUGUUAACCAAGAAAUACAGUCAGAUCCCAAGACUGAUGUAAUGAUUUUUCUCAGAAUUGUACACCUCAAGCAACAUGUAGGUUUUAUUUGAAAUCUGACACCACGUUUGUCAACCAGUCAUUGUUUCCAUGUUCCUUUCAUGGUUUGUGGUUACUUGGGGAGGAGUGGGACACCUUUUCUCCUCAAUUCAGGGAAUAGCACCUAUUCACUCUCCCCUUUCCAAACUGAAAAAUCCCUAAUCUUUCAUCUGAUUAGAAAUCAGACAACCUAACGGUGCAUUGUUUCCUUUUAAUUAUUUGAUCUUAUUUUAUUAAUUUGUUUUUCAUGUAUAAGAGUCUGUAUUUAGGGUCUAGUCCUAAGUGGAGGAAGGGACACAUUCCCAAUUUGUUAGGAAAUUGGUAUGUAUUGCUUAUUAAAUAAAUAUGCUCAGAA